GGUUGCACAGCAUUUUGAAGUUCAAGAUAAAUUAUUAGAAGUUCUAAAAUGUCACUAAGAACUGAAAGUGAUAAGAAAACUUUAUCUAAUUCUGAUAAAGCCGAACAAUUAAGUGCAGUUGUAAGUGUCGUACGUGCUCUUAUAGCAUCUAAGAAGCCACCCUACAAACUACGUGAUAUUUUAAAAGAAUAUCCACAAGUUGAAGGAGGUCCUUUACCAUUUAUAGCUUUGGGUUAUAAAGCCCCUGAAGAUCUUUUAAAGGACACUAAUGAAUUUGUUAUUACUCGAAUUGACAAUGAAUUAUGCUUAGCUUCUAAAGGCGGUGGAAAGUGCCAACAUAUAUCAGAUUUUGUUAUUAAUCAGAAAGUAAGUAAAUCAAAACGUUUAGUUGCAGCAUCGCCUAUAGAAAAUCAGCGUAAACCUCGAGAAAGUGCUAAAAACUGGAAUAAAAGCAAAAGCUCAUACUCUUCCAAUUUAUUUCAAAGAUUUACCACACCCCAAAAUAAGUUAUUCCAACCUUAUAGGAAAAAUAAAGAAGGAGACCGUAACAACAACUGGAGGACUGGUCAGAAAGUCCAGUUACAUUCAGGUCCCUCACCUAAUUUAAGUGGACAAUUUAAAGGAUCCACAAAACCAUUAGCUGUUAAAAAAGUAAGUAAGGAUGAAAAAAACGCAAUUUUCUCAAAGAGGCUAGAAAGUGAUAAAAUGGAUGACAUGUACAAGAGCGCAAAAUAUGGAUUACAAAAGCCUAAAACCGUCGACAAUUCACAGUCACCAGAUAUGCGUGAUAAAUUGAUUUCAAACCGUUACCAACAGGUUGAUGCAGCAUAUCCGCGAGCGAUUUUAGGUCAACAAAAACAAGGAAACGGUUUUAAAAUGGGAGUACAGGGAAGUAACAGAGUAGUAACACAAUCUCAGAAUAACAUGGAUCGUCAGCAAAACGAUAAUAAGCAGGUUCUACGUUUUGGGUCUGAUCGUGAGGCUCAACAGCAAUUGUAUAUGAAAACUGAAAUAACCUUUCAGGAAUUAAGAAAGUUACAGCACAAACAAAACCAAAAUGUUCAACAAGCACCUCAACAUCGGCAAAAUGGAUGUGGAAAUUUUUUUACUUCUUCAAUACAAAAUAGAUUAAAAAUAAGUGCUCCACAAAACACCGUUCAAACAACAAUUGAUACGCAUAAUGUUCAGAAUAAACCCAAUAAUCUAAAACAUUCGUUACCUUCACCCGAAAAUAGUGGUCAAUCUAUUGCAGCUAUAAAAAGAGCUGCACUGAGAGUAUUAAAUGAAAAAAAUCCUUUGGAAUCUUUGUUUGAAUAUUGUGCUCUAUGUAACUACGAAAGUCCUCAAUACAGUGUAUCAAAAUCAAAAUUUGAAAAAAACUAUCAAUGCCGAGUUACAAUCAAUGGUUUUAUAUACUUCACUUAUCCAACUGACUAUCCAACGGAAAUGUUAGCUAAAAUUGGCUGUGCAAUCAAGGCUAUUGAACAAAUUAAAGCCGCAGAGUAUCGCCGUCCAAUGCGACCAUGUACAAUAACUGACUAUGAGUUUAUUGAACGUUUGCACGCAGACUUAUCCUUACAUCCCCAUGGUAUGUUUUCGAAUAAAAUAUCUGAAUUUUAUGAGUUGAAAUACAAAGAAACCCCUCCUGAACAUUGGUGGAGUUUAGUAACGGUUAAUGUAAAUAAAUUUUUGAUUGAAAAAAUCCAAAGUGAAACAGUAAUAGUUUUCGCUAAAGAUGAUACGACUAAUGAAGAAAUAACACCUCCUCUGAAAGAAGAAGAAGGAAAUAAAGAAAUGGAAGGAAUUAAAUUACCAUGGGGUACAAAACAUUGGGAACUAUACAUCACGUAUGUAGUAUCACCAAUUGAAGUUUGGUGUCGCUUAUUUGGUGAAGAUUACGAUAAACAAUUUAUUAAAAUGAUUAAAGAAAUUCGCAUUACUAUGGCGAAGCAUCGUGCACAGAUUGCAACGACAGUUACAACUAAUCACAUUUAUCUUGCUUAUGAUAACCAGGAAGAAUGGCAUCGUGUUCGUGUGAUGGAAGUAAAUAAAACUGCAAAAACUGCUACAGUCUUUUAUAUUGACUAUGGUGAUACAGAGAAUUUACCAUUGACAGUACUACAUGAAUGUGAGCCAAGGUUCCUACAACUACCAGCACAAGCUAUCACCUUUACAUUAUUUGGUCUAGAAGACUUGUAUGGUAACCCAUUUGUCAUACAACCUCUGAAGAAGCAUAUGCCUGUUAAUAAAUCAGUUGUUGGUGAAGUGAUAACAAAUGAGGAAAGUUUUAAUUCCGAUACAAGUGCUGGUGGUAAAAUACAAGUUGCAGUAUUCGAUACAUCGUCUAAUAUCGAUAUCAAUUUGAAUGAAUUGAUUAUGAAUGAAGUUUGCUUAAAUUCUCCACUACCUUCUCUAAUAAUAAAUACUGUAGUAAAUGUUAUAAUAUCUCAUGUUACUACUGAUGGUGUCGUACAUUUUCGAAGGAAAGGUCCAGAGUCAAAUUAUGUUGAAAAACUGAUGUACCAACUUGUGGACUCAAAACUAGUGAUCGAUGGAACAAAUAAUGUUAGUAUUGAUGAUGUAAAAAGUGGCAAACUUAUUCUUGUAUGUGAUAAAAGCGAUUACGAAAUCAAUUGGUAUCGAGGCAAACUGGCAGAUAGUGAUGAUGUUAAUCUAAGAGUAGUAGAUGUCCCUGACAAUAAUAAGCAGAAAAGUGAUAAAGAAUUUGAUAUUGUCUAUGUUGACCAUGGAUUUAUCAAACGUAUACACAUAUCUGAUAUGUAUCCCUUGGACACAUUAAGUUCUGCACUAUAUAAUUUUCCACAACAGCGUUUGAAAGCUCGUUUACGGAAAAUACCAGCUAUUAGUAAAGAAGUUGUUGCACUUAUGCAUAAUCUAUUGCCAGAUUAUUGUGAUGCCAUGUUAAAAAUGAUUGGUUAUGAUGGUGAUAUGCCGCUUGUUAAGGCAUAUAGACGUAUUCCGCCACAUCCGCAUUUGGUAUCAAUUAAUCAUACAUUACGUGGGGAACAUGAAUUGGGAAAGUUUAUUGUAUCUGACUAUAACGAUUAUUCUUUUUUCCAAGAUGGUACCAAUCCUCAACCACGUUCACCUACAACAAAUAAUUUUAAAAAUAUGAAACCCGAUACAACCACAACUACAAUACCAACAUCAUCUAAACUAUAUUUAGAUGAUUUACCCUUAAUAGAAGAUUACAAAAACAUGCCAAAAAAAGGUGAAUAUUUAAACGUAGUUGGGUACGUAUGUGGAAGUCCAGCUAACUUUAUGGUUCAACCUUAUGAUGAUCGUAAACUUUUAAAAAAUCUGAUGGCUGAAUUAACAGUAUAUUGUAAAAGUACUGAUGACUUUGUACCAUUUAAUAAAAUUAAAAUUGGGCAAGCUUAUGCUGCAAAAAAUGAAGAGGGGGUUUAUUCUCGAGUGAUUGUUAAAGAUAUUAUAUCCAGCGAUAUAAUACAUAUUUUUUUCUGUGACUUUGGUGAUACAAUGACUGUAAACAAUGAAAAAUUGAAAUUUUUGCCGGCAAAGUUUCGUAAAUUACCAAAACUAGCUUUACAUUCAAGGAUCUGGAAUAUUGAACCAAAAGAUGGAGAGUACACCUACGACGAUUGUAUUACUUUUCGCAAAUUAACAGUUGGCAAAAAGUUUGCUGCCAGUGUCAAAAAAAUUGAAUAUGAUCAAAAUGGUAUACCAGGACCUUUCUUUCAUUUAGAUUUAGUUGAUACUUCAAGUGCAGUGGACUUACUUGUACGAGAUUUCUUAUGUUUUAAUUGUAAUGUGGUGUCGGGAAAUAUGGUUGAAGAAUAAAAGCAAUUAUUUACAUAGCCAUAAACAUAUAAAGUUAAAAU